CAGGUUGUAUAUGUGACGGCCACAGUCCCUUACAUCUUCUUGACCAUCCUCCUCAUCCGAGGCUGCAUGCUGCCUGGAGCACUCGAUGGAAUCAUUUUCUUCCUCAAACCUGAUUUUAAGAAACUGAUGGACCCUAAGGUUUGGGCGGAAGCGUGUCUGCAAAUAUUUUAUUCACUUGGUCCAACGUGGGGUGGGUUGAUCGCCAUGUCCAGAUACAACAAGUUCAACAACAACUGCCUCAAAGAUUCAGUGGUCAUCUGUCUGGUUUGUUGUGGCACGAGCUUCUACUCCGGCUUCAUCUGCUUCUCCAUCAUCGGCUUCAUGGCUCACAACAUCGGAACGAACGUGUCUGACGUCAUAACUACGGGUCCUGGUUUAGUGUUCAACGUGUAUCCAGAAGCAAUAGCCCAACUGCCCAUCUCUCCUUUCUGGUCCAUCUGCUUCUUCAUCAUGCUCCUCACUCUCGGGCUUGACUCCCUGGCAAGUUUUUUAUUUGGCAUGAUAGAAUCUUGCACCAAUGGAGUUGUGGAUGAAUUUCCGAAAUUUUUGAAGCCCAGGAAAACCAGAUUGACACUGAUCGUAUGUGUCAUGUUUUUUCUGCUGGGCAUCCCUUUGUGCUCAGGAGCAGGCAUAUACAUCUUUCAAAUCCUGGAUUGGUACGCAGCUGCCUUCACCGCCAUGAUCAUCGCCAUAUUGGAAUGUAUUGUUUUAGGGCACAUCUACGGAGCAAAUAAGUUGUUCGACCACAUUACGGAGAUGAUGAAUAGGAGACCGAGCUUGUGGUGGAAGAUAUGUUGGUGCUACAUCACUCCUCUCAUAAUGCUCGCAUUAUUGAUUUACAGCUGCGUUCAGAUGAAACCUCCAACUUACGGGAGUUACGUGUACCCAUCCUGGUCUGUAGCGUUAGGUUGGAUUGUUUCCAUGUUUUCCAUCGUUCCCAUCCCAAUUUAUGCCAUCCAUCGAUUGUCUGCUGAAGAAGGUUCUUUAAUGGAGGUGACCAUUGUUUAUAAUUUUAUAUUUUUGUUGACGGAUUGA